AUGGGUAAAUUUGCAACUUUGUUUUCCCUUUGUUUUGUGUUUUUUUAUUUAUAUCAAUCCUUAAAACUAAAACAUAUUAAAAAAAGAGGUAUUAUUUCACUGCUUGAAAAAGACGAGAAAACAAAAAUAGCUUUUGUGUAUAAAUAUUUUUUACCCAACACCAAUGUAAAAAGAAAUGCAAAUAAACACUUUUAUAAAAGUAAGAAAGAAAAGGAAAUCCUUGAAUCAGGUUAUUUAUAUCCAUUUGAUCAUUUAGAAAAAAAAAAAAAAAAAUUUCCACCAGAUCCUUAUAUUCCAAAUAACGAAGAAAUUGAAGAAAAUGAUGAAAAUAUUUUUGACGAACUUAAUGAAAACGAAUUGUUAGAUUAUGAUAAUGAUGAUGAAGAUGCUAAACAAAAUUUUGGAAAAACAACUUUCAAUCAUCCGCAUUAUAGGGCACCUAUAAAAGAAAGAGCUGGGGAAUAUAGUGAUAAAAUUGAUACAGAAAUAAAUAAUGCUGACGAAAUCACAAAUGCAAUGAUAGAAAAUGAAGAAAUGAUAAAUACAAAUGAAAUACAAAAAGAAAUCAUAAAUGUCUAUGUUUAUUCAUCUGAAAUAAAUAAAGAAAAAAAUGAAAUAGUAAAAGAUAAAUUAUAUUAUCUUAUGCAUACUAACAUGGAUAGUAUUUUUAUUAAAUAUUUCGAACUAAACGUUCAAUCACAUAUAGAUAAUAAGGAAAAAAAAGUUAGCGUCUCAUAUGAACUAAAAAAUAAUGCCUUUAAAAAAAAUAUACAUUCGCUUACAGAAUUAAUUGAAUUUUCCCAUAAGUUGAAAAAAAUAUUAAAUGAUAAAGUCGAGACAUUAUUUAAAGAGAAAGAGGAUGAAAAAGAAGCAAACAGAAAUGAAUAUGAAAAAGAUGGAAAUGCAAAAUAUUUAAAAAAUAUACUUAAAAAAGAAUUAGAAGAAUAUAAAAAAGAAAGAAAUAUUUCAAAUAUAUCAAAAAAAAAUUUACAAGUUAGCAUAGAAUCAUCUCUUAAACUUAUAGAAAAAUGCACACAAAAAAUGUACACACAAAAUUAUGAAAUAACAUUACGUGAUUUAAAAUUAGCUUAUAAUAUGUUGCCUUGUAAAUAUUAUGGAUAUUUUUUGUCAGAUUUAUGUUCAAACAUUUCGAUGUUAUCAUACUAUACAAAUGAUUUACAAGGUGCUUUUAAUUUUGCUCUAAAGUCAAUUAAAUAUGAACCGAAAUAUAAAUUAUCUUGGAAAUGCCUGGGAGAUGCAUAUAGAAGUUUUCGAAAAUUUUGGCAAGCUAAAAAUUUUUAUGAUAUAGCUAUAUAUUUAGGUUAUAAAGAUGAAAAAGGGGAAAAUUUUGAAAAAAUUACUCAAGAAUUAACCAAUUUAACUCAAUCAGCAUUAAAAAAUGUAGAUUUAUUAAAAACAAAUAUGAACAAUUAUACUAAUAUAAUAAUUAAAAAAAACAUAGGAAUUGUAUUAAAUAAAAAUCCAGAUGAAAUAGGAGGCUGUUAUGUGUCUUAUAUAAUUGAAGGAAGCAAAGCUAGUAAAAAAAAUUUUAACCAUGGAGAUCAAAUUGUUGCAUUAAAUAAUAUUGUAACUUAUGGAAAACCAAUUGAUGAUUGUUUAAAGGCAUUUCAAAAAAAUGAUGGAUCUUAUGAUAUAAUAUUUUUUAAAGGAAAUAUAAUUGAAUUAUAUGGUUUAGAAGCUUACAAAUAUUUAAUUAAGAAUAAUUUGUUUUACACACUUUUUGAAAAUGAAAAAAUAUCAUCUUUUAAAAGAAAUGAGACUAUAUUGUUUGACAUGAAAGGAUUUGGAACAUUUUCCGAAUAUGGAAUGUCCAAAGGAGAAAAUAUGUAA